AUGGAACCCCUUCAUCUUACUGAAUUCGCUUCAGAGCGAUAUUUCGAUAAAUUACGACAAAAUGAUAGGAAUGGACAUGGGCAUGCUGAGAAUGGAUCAGGGUCCGGAUCUGGAUCGAUUGCUGCUGGGACUGCACCUGGAACAACACAAAAUUCACAGAUUGGUUCUACGUCGAUCCCUCUAAUUAAUCAUGAGCCAUCACCAUUAGAAGCAGCUACAUUCAAUUUACCUUCGAGGCAGAAAAAUAGCAAUCAUGAGAAUUUGGCCUUCCGACUUGGCGAUCAAAGAAAACGUACACUGGGACACGACCUCACUUCUUCACGAACACAACGUCGACCAAGUUUUAGUGGUUCAUUAGGUGCUCUACGAUCCAAAGUGAACAUUACCCAUCGAGCUCCAUCAAUUGUCGAGACACAUCCAGACAUCAUCCAAGAAAGACUUGAAAGACAAAGCGCUUCUCUCUCCGACCUUCUCCUCUCUCUCCCAACCGAAUUACAAGCUCAAAUUAUCUCACCUUUACCAAUUCAUACCAUUCUUGACUUGCGACAAGUUUCGAGAUCAUUUCAUGCUUUGAUUACAAUAAAUGAAGCACCAAUCGCGAGAUAUCAUGCAACUCAUACACUACCUGGUUACACCAUACGAUUAUUUCCUUUGCCAGAGGCUGCGAAGUUGAACUUACACUAUCUGGCUGGAAUAUGGCAUCGAUUACAUGUUGCAUCAAAAUUAUCUACCUUGAUCUCUCUACAAGCUCGAAAGGAGAUAUUCUUACGGACGACUGAAGCUCAAGUGUUGGAAUUUCAACCUCAAUAUGAAAGGAUGCGUCAAAGAUUAAUACCACUUAUCUUUACAAUCUUUCACUUCUUCGAAACUUACCGAAACGUAUAUGCUUCACAUCUUGAAAGACGCGGGGCGCCUUUGACUCGAUUGCCGUACACGCUCAAUCCAUUCGAGACUUUUGCUAUGAACAUGUAUGAUGACAGAACGUUAUUGUAUGUUCAUCAGAUAUUUCCUUUGUUCAUGUCAUCAUUCUCUCGUCGAUUGAGGCCUCCUUCAUAUGUUGGAAGAGUGGAAAGAUCUAUCAGAGGUUAUUUGAAGGAUCGACCACCCGAUGAAGUGUACUCAGCUAUUCUCACGAUAGGCGGGCUCCAGCAGGCAGAAAAUUUCUGGCGGACCAAAGGUUAUAAUGCGAGGAGAGCCGCCGUCGAUCAAUGGUAUGGUUCUCUACAAAGUUGUCGUUUCCCAAUUGUCGAACCUAACACCGCUACACCUAAAUCCAAAAUGUCAAAAUUCGCUCAUCUAGGAAGAAAGAAGGCACCCCAGCCUAUGGCUCAUUCUCAGCCUGAUACUUCCGGCCACGAUUCUUCAGGAUGUACUGAGUGGUUCUGCGACAAGUCUACUUGCAUUGCCUCCAGACGCAAUUUAUCGGAUGGGAGUUUGGUAUGGAGAACAAGUCUUUCAAAAGGUCCACCGAUGCGUCCAUUAGGACGAGACGUACUUGGAUUGCUGGUGGAAGGUGUGCCUGAUCUACAUGAAUUGUGGGCCAAAACAGCCGAAGCCUUGAUUCUCGAAAGAGGAAUCGUGGAUAGACCUGAGAGGAUUAAGAAGAAUAGUAUGGUGCUAUUGGACUUGAUCAAGGAAGAUGGAAGGGAUGAAAUGGAAGGCUGGGAGCCAGGAAGGACUGGAGGUAAUGUGGUGGACGGAUCAGAGGUUGUGGAUACAGGAUCAAUCUCGGACUGA